AUGGCAGGUAUUUCGAAGCAGAUCAUAGGCCAAAAAGAUGAUGAGGAUUACAUCAGUCUGUUGCCCGAUUACUUAAUCCACCACAUUUUCUCCUGUUUGCACAUGAGGGACGUCGUCAAAACUUGUGUUUUGUCAAAAAGGUGGCAGUCUGUUUGGACCACUGUCUCGGAUCUUAGGUUCUCCGUCUCUUCUUAUGAUGAUUCGUUUGUAGACAGGGUUUUGACGCUGUAUGGGUUGGAUAAGGUGAGGAAGUUCCACCUUGAAGUAAAUUUAAAGCCCUUAUGCCCCUCUAAGAUUGAUUCAUGGGCUGGCUUUGCAAUUGAUCAUCAGGUGGAAGAACUUCUUCUCGACUUAAAUAUCUGGUGGGCGGAUUGCCCGUUGUCUCCAUUGCUUUAUAAUUGCUCUUCGUUGACUAAGCUAUGUUUGAGUGGCUGUUGUUUCUCAUUGAGCGAAAGUAUCAAUUGGAGUUCGCUUAAGUCCUUAUCCAUUCAUUCCAUGGACGUGAUUGAUGAUGUGCUUCAGAAAAUUUUGAUGGGCAGCCCUGUUCUUGAAUACUUGAAUUUGAAAAGAUGUUGGGGUGUACAAGGAAUUCGUUCAACAAGUCUGAAAGAGUUGGUGAUUGAGGAUAUUAGUGUGGGAUUCCCUUUGCACAUUUUGACUCCUCGAUUACUGUCAUUGCGUGUAAGAGGUUAUUAUUUUGAUGAGAUAAUAAGAAUUGUUGAAGCACCAUCCUUACUUGAAGCCGAAUUAGAUUUCGAUGGUCCAAUCACAUCAGAUUUCUGUGGGCUAAAGAGAAUGCUUUGCCAGCCUCAGAAUGCUACUCGAGUUCUCUUCGGUCCUUCGUGCGUUGAGGUUAUGUGGACUCAGAUAGAAGACACGCAAGUUUCGCUGCCUAAUUGCAAGUCUCUGACCCUGCACGUGGCCAUUUCCGAAUUCGGCUUUCCUCCGAUAGCAAACAUGCUAGCAACUACACCAAAUUUGGAGAAGUUGGUUAUAAUUUUUAAGCCAUGUGAUCUGUACUUGAAUAUAUCUGACGUAGACUCCUUCAAUUUUGAUGAGUUCUACAAUUUUGAUCACAUGAGCUGUUGGCAUGUAAAGAAGAAGUUCAAGCAUUGGGCGCAGCGUCUCGAGAAUGUUGAGAUUUUUGGAUUUUAUGGUUGUUUAGGACUCGAAUAUGAGGAAGUGCUCACGCUCGUUGAAGAGAGAUUCAAGUCGCAAGCUAUUGGGGUGGUUCAGUAA